AUUGCGAAAAAAAAAAUUCGGAGAAAACGACAUUUAAUAUUAUAAAUAUGUUUAUAAAUUAGGGCGCCAGGAGCCGCAGCAGCUGCCAGAAUGAGUCUCAACCUGGGUGGCUGGAUCCACAGCUUCACUGUGACGGACACGCAGGAGCACAAGGGAGGCUACACGAUAUAUAAAAUCACCUCGAUCGUCUUCCCGAGGUCGGUACCCCAGGCUCUGACCUGCCUGGUGGUGUGGAAACGAUUCCACGACGUGAAGCGGCUGCAUCGCGAGCUGAGCCGGCGGCACAAAAGCCUCCAGCUGCCCGGCAAGUUGCCCGUGCCCACAGACAGCUCCUACUUCAAGCGAUUUGACGCGGCGGUCAUCCAGCGGCGCAAGGAGUAUAUUCUUCAGCUACUGGACUUUGCUGCUCAACAUCCGGCGCUGUACAAGUGCUCCACCUUUACGCAGUUCUUCCAUGAGACGCCGUCUCCGAAUGGAUCGCCGCUUAAGAAGCUGUACGUGGAGCGAUCCCUCCGUCUACAAACGGCGGAAACUGGUUGUAGUGGAGGAGCAGGUGGAACGGGUACGGGGGCUGGAGCCAUAGCGGACAUUUGCGAUAAACUCGAUUUGCCCUAUGAUCCGCACGAUGCGGGGGGCAUAACGCCUCUGGAUCCGCGCUGCGAUAAGGAGCAACCGAACGACGUUGUAGCCCAUGCCAAGGAAACUGAAAACGAAAUGGAAUCCAAACCGGAACCUAAGCCGGAUGAUGCCUCUUCUAAGCGGGAUUACCUCCGACUAUUAACGCCCAUGGCCUCUAUAGAAAGCGAUGAUAGCGACUACAUCUACGAGGCGGCCCUGGAGUUCAGCCAUGCCGUCCAAGCGGAAGUCAAUCUAGAGUACGUCGAAGCCCACGAGCGCUAUAAGCAUGGCGUUGACCUCCUACUCCACGGAGCCAAGCAGGAUGCAAAUGAAGAGCGUAGGUUUAUAGCCAAGGCCAAGAUAGCAAAGUAUUUGGCCCGGGCCGAGGAGAUACACGCCAACUUUCUGGCCAACAAUUGUCCCACGAAGAAGCUUCAGUUUCAGCUUUCACUGGACAUGACAGACGGCGGAAGUGUGACCCAGUUGGAGUGCCCCUGGAACCAGUUGGCGCGCUACAAAGUGCUAAAGGUGCUCCAAGAGAGGGUGAUGCAGGUGCAGUGUGUGACGAAAUCCCAGCAGCCGGCGGCCAUUAUGAAGGGCAUCGAGAAGCCGGCCAGCAACUCGCUCACCCAGAGCAUCUUUCUGCCCCAGCAGGUGCCGUACAUGGUCCAGUUACUAGCCUACUUCCAGUCUGAGCAAAAAAUCUUCCUGCUUCUGCGGCAGGCGGAGGGCGGCCGGCUGUACGAUUACCUGCAGACCUAUACUCCCACGGGAAGCAAGUGUGGCAAUUACGGGGAGCUCUUUCCUUUGGAUCAGGAGCCGGAUAAGGAGGGCGCAGAUGAACAGCCUCUUACCGCGGAUAGCGAGGUGAGCGAUCUGUUGCGCAGCUCUCAGCAGCUGCUGAAGUCAGUAACAAACACACUUAGCAACCUGCAAGCGGGCGUAGUGACGCCCAAAAAACAAAAAACGGAUGGAACUCGCAUCCGAAGUAAACCCAUUCCGGAACAGUGUCUGCGUCAAUGGGCAUGCGAACUGGCCAUCGCCAUACACAGUCUGCAUGGCAAGGGCGUGAUCCUGAGGGAUCUGCACAUGGCCAACAUAUUGCUGGGCGCCAAGGGCCAGCUGCUACUCACGUAUUUUCAUCAGAACGAAGGUCUAAGCUCGGACGACAACUACGUGCACAAGGCACUCAGUUUGGAGGCGUUGGGUAAUCACUUUGUGGCUCCAGAGAGACCUCUGAGCUUCCGUUCGGAUUGGUGGAGCUAUGGCGUGGUCCUCUAUCAGCUCCUCCUGGGAGUGCCUUACAAAGCCACACAUCCAGGGCAGCUGGAACUGUAUGGCUGUGUCCAGUUUCCAAGCGCAUCCUUGGAGAUUUCCGACCAUGCUAAGGACCUACUGGAGCAGCUACUACAAUUAACGCCCGAGCUUCGUUUGGACUACGAACAAUUGCAGACACAUGCCUUUUUCAAGGGAAUAGAUUGGCAAUCAGUAUUGCAACAGGGAACUGUGUCCACGUGAAAAUAACCUCUACUUGCUUACACUUUAAGUUAUUUUUGCUUAUGAAUCUUUAAAGCUUCUCAAGUAUUUUAUUAUUUUUAUAUUGUACCUGAGAAAGAUACCAGGGAAAUUCAGUGGUCUCUUUUGUUAAUAUUGUGUUUUGCUUU